UUUUCCAUUUGACAUGAUGACAUGUGAGGUUGUUGUUUACUUUAGUCAUUUAUUUUAAUGCUACAUUUGUCAAGAUUCUUCAUUAAUAAUUUCUCGUAACAAUAUUAUUGCUAUGUGUGAUAUCGAUAAUAAGUAAAAAAAAUAAUAAAUAGAGUAUUUUCGUAAACAAUCAUCAUGGUAGAAGAGGUCGUAAGUCCCUGUAACAAAUCCAAGAAUAAAACAGCAAGACCCAGACCAGUCUAUUUGUGGAAUGUACUGGAUGUACAAAAAUGGUUAAGACGACACUGCAGCGAUUAUUAUCAGCUUUAUCAUGAAAAAUUUUUAUACCAUGACAUUACUGGACGCGUCCUCUUGAGAAUAAACGAGAACAUUCUACUUCGUCUUGGUAUCGACAAUGAGGAACAUCGGAUGGAUAUUUGUCGAGAAAUAAUGAAACUUCAUUUAAAAACUGAUAUUUUAGAAAUACGCGAUAUUGAACGGCGAAACAAUUAUGAUUAAUUAGCUGAUUUGUUUAUGAGAUAGCCAGGUAUAUUUCCAUUAAUUAAAAUAAGUUUUUGUUUAUAGUUAUUUUUAUUAGUGUACAAAUACAGAAAAUUUUAAUAUUUUUA